AUGGGGUUUGGGCAUAGAUGGAGAUCGUGGGUUAUGGAGUGUGUGGCCACCGCAUCUAUGUCGGUUCCGAUAAAUGGUUCGUCGUCCAAGCCGUUCAAAAUGGAAAGAGGUCUGAGACAGGGUGACCCACUUUCUCCUUUCCUGCUUGUACUGGUUGUGGAUGUACUGCAUCGAAUGGUUGGAGAGGCAGCCAGGAAUAGACGUGUAUCACUUUUGUUGGUUGGGAGAGAUAGUAUAGAAUUGUCACAUCUUCAGUUUGCUGAUGAUACUAUUCUGUUUUGUCGACCAAAAGAGGAGACUAUUAAGAAUUACCAGCGGCUCCUGAGAUGCUUUGAGUUGAUGUCAGAACUCAACAUUAAUUUUGACAAGUCGAGCUUGAUUCUGGUAAAUUGUGAUGAGCAGUGGGUCCAGCAUAUGUGCCGAUUGUUGGGUUGUAAGGGUGGUUCCCCAGUUAAAUACCUGGGUAUCCCCUUAGGAGCAAAUCCGAGGUUGGUGAAGACCUGGAAGCCUAUAAUAGACAAAGUGGGGGAGAAGCUCAGUCUGUGGAAAGCUAAAAUACUUAACAAAGAUAAAAAGUUGGUGAUGAUCAAUCAGUUUUAA